UUAUUUGUGAAUGCAGAUGGGACUCAACUCAUAAUAGUCAACAACUGCAAGGAGAGCAUAUGGCCUGGGAUUCUCGGCAGCGCAGGGCAUCCAUCUCCUGCGGACGGUGGUUUCCAUCUUGGCAGCAAUGAGCAAGUUGUUCUCGAAGUCCCAGAGAAAUGGCCAGGUAGGCUUUGGGGUAGGCAAGGUUGUUGUUUUGAUCAAAAUGGCAAGGGAAGAUGUGUUACUGGUGACUGCUCGCCAAUGGAGGGUACUGGUGGCGAGCCUCCGGCAUCAGUGGUCGAAAUGACACUAGGGACAUCUACAUCGCCCCUUCGUUACUAUGAUGUGAGUUUGGUAGAUGGUUUUAACCUUCCGGUCUCUAUGGUUCCAGUGGGAGGUGGGGUUGGAUGUGGUGUUGCAGGAUGUGAAACGGACCUGAAGAUUUGCUGUCCAUCAGCUUGUCCAUCAGUUACCUUUAGCAGACAGCCAGAUGUUGAGCUGUGUAAUUACGUCACGUUUAGAACACAUGAGUUAAACCAAGAUUAUCAUUAG